AUGAAGGAUACGAUGAUGAGGAAUCUGAUCCGACGAGAUGAGACGAGGAUCAAGAUCGACAGUGCCGCCCGAGAGCUUGAGGAAGCUGAUCGGAUAGCGAAGCAAGCUGAGCAGAGGCUUGCUAGCCUUCUUGCCGACGGCAAGUCGUCGAGGGAAGCGGUCGCGGCGGCAGAGAAGGAGGCUCAGGAGACGAUGCAGAGGGCGGCAGAUCGAGCAGAGAAUCUUGUGAAGGAGAGGAAGCUUGCGGAGAUGUCGGAAACAACAGAGGACAUGCGCAGGGCACACCAAAGAAGCGCGGAGAGACUGCUGUCCCUUGCCAGGGCAAACAAGGGAGCAUAUAUCAAGAUUGCCCAGCACCUCUCCCAGAUGGACUACCUCCUUCCUGAUGAGUACACCACCACUCUCCGAGCUUGCCUCGACGAUGCUCCAAGGUCUUCAUUUGAGAAUGUUUCGAAGACGAUCGAAGAAGACUUAGGGAAGCCUGUCAGUGUUUUGUUUGCCUCCUUUGACAAGGAAGCGAUCGCCUCGGCCUCCCUUGCUCAAGUACACGUCGCACAUCUCCAUCCCAGUGAGGGAGAGAGGACGGGGAGGAAGGUAGCGGUCAAGGUCCAGCACUAUGGGCUGCGGGAGACAGCAGUAGGGGAUGUAGAUGCUGUAAGAGCAGUCGUUCAAGUCGUCUCGAAGCUCUUCCCUGCCAUGCCGCUGUGGUGGCUCGCGGAUGAGAUUGCACCCAACUUGCCGAUCGAGCUGGACUUUCAACAGGAAGCAAAGAAUGCUGAACGAUGUCGAUCUCUGUUCAAGCAUGACCCUUUUGUUGUCGUUCCUGAGAUCUUCUACCCCCUGUCGAGCUCAAGGUAA